CUCCUCUCUCGCUCCCUCUUUCCCGAAGCGCAACGUAGACAGUUGCCAACUGAAUCGAGAUCUAAAUCCUACAAAAAAAUGGAAAAAAAAAAACGAUCUUGAUCUCUUGAGUGAGAACGAAUAGAAGAUGAAGAUAUUGGAUUGACUCCCGACAAUUGAUCACCUGCGAUCGGAGAAGAUGAGCUUGGUGCAGUUCAUAAUCCCCGUCGAGUCCGCUCACAAGGCCAUCUCCUACAUCGGCGAGUUCGCCCUCGUCCAGUUCAGAGACGUGAAGAGAUGUGGAGAGAUGUCACGAAAAUUGAGAUAUUUCACUGAUCAGAUUAGCAAGGCUGGAUUGACAUGUUCUGCUCUUCCUGCUCUGCAACCCAAACCAGAAGAUGACCUUGAAGAUCUUGAGGUACAGUUGGGUGAACAUGAGGCCGAGCUUCUUGAAAUGAAUUCAAAAGUGAGAAACUAUGGCAAACUUACAAUGAGCUAUUGGAAUCUAAGUUAGUUUUGCUAAAGGUAUUU